UUGUCUCAAAUAUGAUUUACUCGCCAGCUUUGCUAGCCAAUUGGUCAUUGAUCAAAGCACAGUGUAUUUGCACACCUUGACAAAUAUUUUUAACAACACUUAAAGUUAAGUGAGUUUAGGUAUAUAUUGUGUAUAAUAUAUAAGCGUGAGCGUAGGUGAUGUAAAAAUGCUCAACGUUAACAUGCAAAAUGCACUUGUUUGACGCUGAUAACUUCGGAAUUAUAAGUUGGCGGCGUUUCUCGGCGAUUUGCAUUGACCCGAUGGGAGAGCGCGCGGCGAACGAGAGCCGGAACGGCCCUAAUUACGGGUCAACGGCGAAGAAGACGCGGCGUGCUCAAACACGCCCUCACUCUCGAUAGAUCUCCGCGGAGCGCAGAGUGUGUGAGAACUGUGUGCGCCUUACCGUCCCCGAAGGAUAAAACGCACACAAACGAUGCGAUUACCGGCCCGAAGCACGAGCAAUAAAAAGCGAAACCAUGAAGACGAAGCAAAACUUCAACAAUACACCACACGAAGAGAUCUUUUAAAAAACACAGCAAAUAGCUAUUUAAUCUGUGUCUAAAUUUUGCACAAACAGCCAUAAAUUAUACCUGUGUAUAUAUAAACACAUAGCAAUCAUCUGUGUUUUGUGUUUGAAUUAAUUAAUUCCUCUUGACAUAAUUUUCGGUCCCUCUUCUGGUCCCCUACCAAAAAAAUCCUAAUCAUUUAAUUAUGUACAAUCCAGAAUUAGAUUUAGUAACUACCAAAAUGGUUCAUUAAUCAUUCAAACGACCAACGUCGUGUUGUGUACACAAUUUAUUUAUUACAAUGGAUUUAGACGAUGUGCUUCCCGAUAUUGGCGAAUUCGGCAAGUACCAAAAACUCGUCCUCUGGUUUGUCCUUUUACCCAGCGUCUUUCCUUGCGGUUUCCACGCGUACAAUCAAUUAUUCAUGUCCGCCACACCGGAGCAUUGGUGUCACAUUCCCGAGCUCGAUGGCAUCUCCCCAGACGUGAUGAAGAACAUCAGUAUUCCGCUUGAAUUACGCGAUGGCGUCUUGGCGCACAGCUCCUGCAUGAUGUACGAUAGAAAGUAUAAAAACUUGUCGUCGUCGUUGGCCGAGCCGCCGAAAGACACACGACAGAUACCCUGCGCGCACGGCUGGACAUUUGACCGGAGCGUCUACAAAGAGACUGUCAUCACACAGUGGCAGCUCGUCUGCGAUAAAGAUCUUUCCGCAACUCUGGCGCUCGUCCUGCUCGGCGUCGGCGGCCUGGUGGGCAACUAUAUUUUCGGCUACGUGCAGGACGGCAUGGGACGCCGGCCGGCCUUCUUCAUCUAUCUUUUCAUUCAGUGCGUCUUUGGUAUCGCGACGGCAUUCGCCAGGAAUUUUGUCAUGUGGACCGUGUUUCGGAUGGGUGUCGGAUUCACGGUUCCAGCUAUUCUAGGAACUCCAUAUGUUUUAGCUAUUGAAUUGGUUGGUCCCAAACAUAGGACACUUGUCACUGUGUUGAUCAACAUUGCCUAUUCGCUUUCACUCACACUUUUAGCAAUAAUUGUUUGGGCUAUACGCGAUUGGCGUUUACUUGCGUUGGUCACAACGGUGCCAUUUUUAUUACUCUUUUUUGAUUGGUGGAUUUUACCGGAAAGUCCUCGGUGGUUACUUGCACAGGGACGAUUUGAAGCUGAAAAAAUAAUUUGUCAAAUGGCUAAAACAAAUGGAAAAAAAUUACCAUCUAACUACAUGGUUAACCUCAAAAGAAAAGUGGACAGAGAAAAAUUAAAAAUAGACACUUCGCGUAAAUAUGGCGUUUCAGAUCUACUUCGCAGUUCAAAUCUAAGAUGGAAAACAGUCAUAAUCACAUUUAUCUGGUUUACUAACACUAGUGUCUAUGUGGGUUUGUCAUACUAUGCACCUGCUUUGGGUGGUGAUGAGUUCUUAAACUUCUUCCUUGCUGGCGCUGUUGAAUUACCGACUUAUUUGUUUUUAUGGCCGUCAUUGGAGCGUUGGGGUCGACGCUGGGCACUGUGUGUCAGUAUGGUUAUUGGUGGAUCCGCCUGCUUGGCCACAUUUUUAGUACAAAAUGAUAAUGUUGUUACUUUGGGUUUGUAUUGCGUUGGGAAAAUGGGCAUAUCAUCAAGUUUUGUCGUCCUUCCAUUAAUGGCAUCGGAAUUAUAUCCGACAGUGGUCCGAGGACUUGGAAUGAGUAUUAGUUCGGUGGUUGGAAUGUUGGGACCCAUUUUUAUUCCGCUUGUCAACUAUUUAGGUUCAGAUAUGCUCACGUUGCCGCUGAUUAUUAUGGGCACGAUGUUAGUAAUGGGCGGCGUGUCUUCGCUUUUCCUUCCGGAAACAUUAAAUCAACAUCUGCCGCAAACGCUUGAAGAUGGUGAGAAAGUUGGGCUGGACUGCUUCGUGUGCUGCACACCUCCGCAAAUCUACAGAGCCGGUGCCGCCGAACCGCCAAACAAAGACAAAACGAAGCAAAGCGAUAAUUAGGCCUCGUUUCGGUUAUUAAAACGUUACAUUGCAUUGUAUUUAAACCGUUCGAGUAGGUACUCUGUACUCAUCACACUCGUGUGUUCGUAAUAAACAUCUGGAAACACUUCAA